AUGGCGACAGGGAAAGUGGUGGUGGAGAAGGUAAGAGGAAGAUCUACGGCUACGAGUUGCUUCUCUAAGUAUCCUCUCAAGUUCAUACUUCCUACCAAGGUAGCUCCUGUCGGAACGGACGUUGUCUGGAUUUACAGCAUCACCUAUGGAGGCGGCAUCGUCUCUGGAGAUUCGAUUUCAUGUGAGUUCACCAUUGGUGAUGGCUGCACUGCAGUGCUUACAACUCAGUCUUCUACUAAGGUGUACAAGGCAAUAGGAUCAAAAUGCUCUGAACAGACCUUUGAAGCGAGAAUAGGGAGUGAGUCUCUUUUGGUUGUGAUUCCAGAUCCAGUGACUUGCUUCUCCACUGCUCGGUACUAUCAGAAACAGAUCUUCAGAUUGGUUGCAGACUCUAAUCUUGUCCUUGUGGACUGGAUCACAAGCGGGCGUCAUGCAAAUGGUGAAAAAUGGGAUUUCGAUUUUUAUAAAAGUAUCAAUAAUGUCUACCUGGAAGAUGAUAAGCCUUUAUUCCUUGACACAGUGCUGCUAGAGAAGAGGAACAUACAAAGCAUAGCGGAGCGGAUGCAAGAUUAUCACGCUAUAGCAAUGGUCAUACUCUACGGGCCAAAGCUGAGGGAACUCCAGAAGAGAUUCCAAGAGAACGUGAAGAAUAUGAUGUCUGAACAGUUGCAGAUAUCUUAUGGUUCUCGGAGACAAAACUCUGAUUCAAGGGCUCGUAAUGGCUUCAUGAAACCAGAGUUCAUAGCUUCUUGCAGCACUUUCGGCCCUCAGGGAAAAGGAGUAGUGAUUCGAAUAGCUUCGGAUUCCACAGAGUCAGUGUACAACUUCUUGAGGCAACAAUUGAGUGACUUGGAACCACUUCUUGGUCAAUCUCCUUAUGCUUGA